AUGGCGGACGAUGAGGAAAAAGCCAAGGCCGAGAAGCUUGCCGCUGCCAGAAAGCGAGUAGCACAAAUGCAAAAACAAAAAGGCAAAAAGGGAACAAAGAAAGCUACCACUGCGGAAUCAAGCAAAGACGAAACGACGACUGAGAAACCAGCCGGCGACGACAAACCUGCGGUCGAGACGCCUGAACCAGAAGCAGCAAAACAGACACCCGAGCUGGCUGUUGAGCAAGAAGAAAAGAAAGAAGAGGAGGAAAAACAAGAAGAAGCCCCCACCGAGCCUAUGCCUGAUGCACCGAUUUCCCCAGAACCAGAAACUAGCCCUGACGAGACGAAAGAACUUCCGGCCAGAGGAGCGCAUAAACGACAACCGUCUCUAUCUGUACAGUCAAAAAUGCGAUCUUCUUCAUUCAGAAACUCUAUAUCAACCGCAAUAUCGCCAGCAUCCAGCAUCAAGUCUCCCCCAUUACCACCGUUGGCCCCUGGCGAUGAACAAAUCCAUGAGGUAUUUCGGAAACAAGCUACUAGGCUAGAAGAGCUGGAGAAGGAGAACAAAAGACUGGAAAAGGAGUUUAACAACGCCAACGCACGCAGGGAAAAGGCAGAAGAAGAACUUGAAGAUCUUCGAGAGUCUAGUGUCGAGGUGAUCGAGCUGAAAGACCGCUUAGUGAAGGCUGAAAAGCAGGUCACCGAACUCGAGUCAUUGAAAACUGAGAUUGCCUCCCUGCAACGGCAAAACUCUCUACUACAAUCUAAAAACCACCGAGCAAGUACUGGCCACGCAGAUUCUCCGCCGUCAGAGCUUGUACAACAGCUGGAAUCAAAGUCUUCAACAAUAGAAGCAAUGGAGAUUGAGAUUUCGAACUUGCGCGCCCAGCUAUCUACAUCAUCUACUUCGAUCGAAAGCUUCAAGGACCAAAUCACGGCCCUGGAAGAGAAACUUUCGCAAAGCGAAAGAACACUUCAAAAAACACAGGGAGAGCUAUCAGACGUGAAGCAGUCACUAUCACGUGCAUCCGAGAAGGCGCUUAAAGAAGGCGUGGAUAAAACAAGUACAGAGACUUUGAUCAAAUCUCUACAACGAGAAGUUGAAGAAUUACAAGACGCAAAGUCAGGCAUAGAAAAGAAAGCAGAAGCGCUCGAUAAGAAAUUACAGGCACUCUCCAACUUGCACAAAGAAUCAGAAACCCGACAUCAAUCGCGACUCAAGGACCACGAAAAGGUCGAGAAGGAAGUGGCUCUCUUGAAAAAGAAACUAGCAUCAGUUGAGAACGAGAAUCUUCGAUUACGGGAAGACAAAGAUCGUGAACGGAAGAGGAAUGCUGACGUUGAGGGCAACGAAGGUCUCGACGAGCUAGAAGAUGAGGAACGCUCACGAUUAGAACGAAGGAUCCGCGAGCUUGAAGGUGAAAACUUUGACCUACGUCGCGGUGUCUGGAAGGAGCGAAAGAAGGAACUUGGAGUUGGAGCGGAUGAUGAAAACGACGGAGUUGAGACCACGUCUAGUCCAGGCAAUGCCUUCGACGAGGUGGAUCUCGUUGGCGGCGCACCCGGCCACUCAAGACGACGAAGUCUUAUGGCGCAAAGCCGACAGCAGCAACAACAUUCUUCUUUCACCACUGUCCUUUCUAGCGGCUUAGCUGCCUUUACAGGAAGUAAUAACAACCGGGACCGGCGUUCGUCAGCUCAACACCAUCCGCCGGCCACCAGAGGUAGCCUGGAGUUACUUGCGGAGGACAAUGACGAGUUUGAUGAAGAUGCAUUUGCACGAGCACAAGCAGAAGAAGAAGCACACAAGCGUGUUGAGUGGGCUCGUGAAGUCAAACGUAAACUCCGCGACUGGAAAGGUUGGCGACUUGAUUUGGUUGACAGUCGAGCUGGCGCGGAGGGAGCGGGUGUGGCCAUGGGCGAGAUAUUUGAAGUGUAA